AUGAGGAAGCCGAGGUUCGCUUCCUCUGCAAAGAGCACGCCAUAUCGCUAUCCCAGUGAUGCAUAUCCUCCCAGGUUCCCCACGACAGGUUUACCAUCUCCGGGAGACUUCGUCGUACUCUCGUUCGAUCCUAAGCAGUCGGUGGCACAUCUAGACCGUCGCGCCAAACUCCUCGCAGCGCAGUUGGUCCCGAAGCGUUAUGUUGCUAUACCCUUCGCAUAUGGUGCCGGCUUGCCCUCAAACUACAAACCAACCAAUGACUGUUUCUUCUCGCUCGUGCGCCAGACGCCGGACAUCGCACGGUCGGAAAUAUCCUCCAGUCCGGCUAGCUCUGAGUUCUCUAUCCCCAUUGCCCCGUAUACUGCUCCUGCUGCGAAUGACGAGGCGCCACUGAACGCCUUCGCGCCGUUCCCCUUUCCGAAUUGCGUGAUUGAUACUGCUACGGGGACUCUUGAGGCCCGCGUUACUUCCGCUCAGAGAGACCGGACCCUAGUGCUUCCCCUUCUACCUCAGGAGAUGGGCAGGAUGCUUUCCAUACGUCAAGAGCACGGGCGACGCAUUUACGAGCUUAGGCUCGCCCAGCAGGCUUCUCAACGCGAAAAGGAGAGCCUACCAGACGCCGAACGUGUCGAAAGCAUGUCCGCACAACCGACUCCCUCCCAUGCCAACCCAGCCACGAGCAAUGCGCAACCAGUCGACGACGUCCGCGUCAUGGCUGCCCUCACGUCUGCGCUUGUAGAUUACGCGGGGGAUCCUGACCUCCCCGUUGUCAAUGUUCAUUAUGAUCUGGACCUCGUCGACGGGGUGGAAGACCCAAAAGAUCUACGGAGAGAAGAAGAGAAGCUCCUAGAAAUCAUGCGAGACGCGCGAGUGAGAAUGACGAAAGCAGGUAUACAACCGCGUUACCCUUCAUACUCGACACCCUGGGAUCAUGGGAUCAUGGACGAUCUCGAGCGCGUUGUGCAAACCAGCCUAUCCGUUUUGCACAAGACGUCCUCGGCGAUGCUGGCGCUAGUGCGAAAGGUACAGCAAUCUUCAAGGAGUCGAUGGCGAUCGUUGAGGCGGUCGGGUGAAUAG